UGCCAAACCGCCUACAUCUCAACAGGGGCUGACUCCUGAGCAGCCACGCUGAAGAUGGUGGUGACGAAGAAGAUACAGAUCCAUUAGAACCGAAACCUCGAUACUAUUACAGUUCGGCGACCCAGGCGGGCUAAGGCUCGCAAGAAGAGAGUGCUACUGAAGAAGGGGCAGUCCACCAGCGCUGCAGACGAUCCAAAAUUUGCGGUUGACGCACUGGACGAUCUGAUGACCGCCCUUGACUCUCCAGUAGCAACCGAACGCAAGUCAUCGGGCAGGCAGCGAGGACACUCAUCCAAUGGCUUCGGCCUGGGAGUCAGUUCGAAGCAAGUGCUGGUGAUGAACGCUACGGGAGAUGUGAUGUCGCCGUCGGUCGCCCCGCCACAGAGUGUACUACGCAUGAGUCAAAAUCGACUGAGCAAGGUAAUAAAGCUCAGACCGCAGGCAGCGCGCACCCUACUGUCACCAGGCAUCAGAGGGCCAAGGAUGGGGUUCGAGCUGCAGACACCUACCAAGCGUGGGUCAGCGAGCCUGAUGAUGUCACCCAGUGCUGGCUUGUCACUGGCAUCUGUCGCUCGCAGGAGACACAUGGAUAGGGGUGCCGAAGGGGCUGAGGAUAUUGCCUCAACGAAUGAUCAGGUUCACCAAGUUUUGGGAUUGCCAGCGAGUGCGUCUCGGCGAAAGGUCAACACAUCGAAUGACUCUGUGCGGCAGCUGAAGCGAGCAUUUAGCAGAUCCAAGGACCGGCGUCUGACACUACGGCUGCUCAGAUACGGCCUUAGUACGGAGUCCGCUAAAAGGAGCUCGGAACCAGAGAAGCAGGGUGCUGAGUCGCCAUGGAGCAGGAAAUGGCGACGCAACAGCACCAGAAUUCUGCAGGAGGCGGUCACGGCCAUGGACACUGAUGCCAUGCCAAGCCCCCUCAGCGGAGAGCAGGUUCCGCAGACAGAGGUGGACAGCACUCCAGCGGAAAUUUACGUGUGGGCAAUGCUUGACGAGAGCAUGGUUAGUGGCAAGCGCAAACUGUCGAUUCUGCCUGGGAACUAUUACAUGGCCCAGGCGUUCUUGGACAACUCGCAGAGUGCUGGUGACCAGGGGACAGUGACAGUUACAUUCAGGCAUACACCGGGAGUGCAGUGGGAGGUGGACCCAUCGUCGCUGGUUGAGUUCUCGCUGGCGCCAACAGACUUGGUGCUGGCGCGCCGUGUAAAAUCGCGCGUUUUAGAGUCGGCGACAGUGCUGUCUGUACUGCCCAAGGACUCGGCUGCUCCAACUCGCGUCAAUGUCCGGUUCAACUCGGACAACGUUAAGCAGACAGUCUCGGUUGAGGAAGUCGCACUGCACACUAGCAUGGUCGUCGACGACAACAUACCGGAGGAAGACGCGGUGCCGGAUGAUGAUUUACAUCUGAGUGACCCAGAGAUGUCUGAAGAGGACAGCAGUACAAGCAAGGCACAGCCAAACGUUGUGUCAACUGCACCUGUCGCCAGUCCAAAGCGCAGGCCGUCCUGACAUCGUGAUGCCGCACUCCUUUGCCGGCACCCAGUGCUGAAAAGGGACAGCCUGCUAAGCGCAAGCGUCCUGCCCCGAAGAAGACCAAUGCUGCGUGGGUUGGGCACGAGCCACCAGUCAGCGCUGGUGAACAGAUGGAGAGCCUGCCGCAGAUAUUUGCAGGCAUGAGUUUCAUGAUUACUG